AUGUCUGAGAAAGCAAUGAACGAAAAGGGCUAUGAUUCUGGUUUACCUUUCCAUGAGCCAUCUGCCGCUCUCCCAGAAGACCAUUGGUCUCGCCGGCACCGUGUUAUACGCAACGAAAUCAACGCCUUCCUAGGAGAGUUCAUCGGGACGUUCAUGUUCCUUUCCUUGGCUUUCGCUGGUACUCAGAUUGCACUCAACGCAGCUGGUUCUACUACUCUGAAUUCAAGUGGCAACGCGCUUCCCGACGUUGGAAAGUUGCUUUACAUUGCUUUCGCCUUUGGUGUUUCUCUGGCGAUCAAUGUUGCCAUCUUCGCCGACAUCAGUGGCGGGAAAUUCGUCACAGCCGCUUUAUUUCUUACACGAAAGAUCCAAUGGUUUCGCGCGCUACAUACAAUCGCUGCGCAGCUUAUCGCUGGCAUGACAGCUGCCGGCUUCAUCUCUGCUCUUUUCCCGGGCCCACUUAUCAUCGCUACCAAGCUCGACCCAUCGAUGUCUGUCACCCGCGGAUUAUUUCUGGAAGCUUUCGUCACUUCCCAGCUAAUUCUGACCAUUCUCAUGCUUGAGGGUGGACCUUCGAAGCCCUUCUACAUUGGGUUAUCACUGUUCAUAGCAGAGAUCUGCAGUGUCUACUUCACGGGCGGGAGUUUGAACCCUGCACGAAGCUUCGGUCCUUCGGUUGUUGUGGGAUUCACCAGCUACCAUUGGAUUUACUGGCUAGGCCCACUUUUGGGGGCCGGCGUAGCGAGUGGAGCAUAUAGUCUGAUCGAUUUCCUUCGACAAGAGCGCGUGCAGUAA